AUGUCGCCGCCCGCACUCGUGAUCGUGCUUCUCGCGUGCGUUGCCGCCUGCGCAGAGAGCUCUGGAGAUAGCAUUCGCGUUGAUCGCAAGACUAAGGGAUCUUUAAGUAAAGGAGACACACCAGCAGGAUGUAUGUACGAGGGUCGAUGGUACUCAGCGGGAGGAUCCGUGCGCACACGCGAGGCGUGCUUAGCUUGUGUAUGUGUGCAUGGCGCUUUGUCUUGCCGCCGCCGCACAUGCGCACCGCUGGCUGAACCACCACCGCGCUGUCAUAUCGUACAUCAAAGGGGAGAAUGCUGCCCGGAGCUGCAAUGUCCUGACGGAGUAAAGGCAAUGGAGUUGGGCCAAUCAGCUCGACGUGACGACGCCGAGACAGAGACUCCCUCUUCAACAGGACAUGCUUGCGUGGAGGGCGGGACGGUGUACGCAGCGGGCUCGGCGAUGAGUUCGAGUACAGCGUGUGAGCAAUGCUUCUGUCUGGGCGGCGCGAGGCGAUGCGUGAGGCCGGUCUGCCUGCCUCCACCACCAGGUUGUAAAGCUCGUCCAGCGCCCGGCGCCUGCUGUCCACAGCGAUAUUAUUGCGAGCAUGCCGUAACUAAGCCUCCUAAUGAAAGAAAUCCUCAUGAUUGCAUAACUCCUGAAGGGAAAUGGGCGUUUGAAGGGGAACGAGUGAAAUCUGCCGAAUCAGCUGCCGAGUGCAUUCAGUGUUUCUGCCUGCGGGGUUCUAUUCGCUGCCAACAUUUAUCAUGCGCUCCUACUCUGCAAGGUUGCACACCGUUAGUACAGCAAGGGCAGUGCUGUCCCCAUCAAUACCAGUGCGGCCUCCACAAGAAUGGUACAAGAAUACAAAACUUAAAUAAAAAACGAAUGAAUAUAUUGAUGUCCUUAAAAGACGAAGAACGUUCACUCCAUUCCUCAAAGUCAACGAAGCGAGAAACAACAAUUAAAGAGUUGACUACUGAUAAAAGUACAUCGGCAAUUACUAAGCCACAGUCAACCACCACUACGAAGAUUAAAAGAAAUACCGACGAACCGUUGAUCACUAAUCUUAAGAUGGACAAAAGUAGUUUUUCGACUUUACACAUAGAGCAAACUACACAAACACUAAGCAAUGUACCUUCCGAUUACACUACGGUUGAAGAAUCAGUGGAAAUUACAACCGAACAACCUGAAGGGUCGGUUAAAAUAAUUAUAAACGGUACCAUUAAUUGCACAGCCGAAUUGUCCUCCACAUCAUUACUUUUGAAUGUUUCAAAUGACGAUAAUACUGUAUGGAUUAAAAAUGAAGGCCAACCUCGCAUACCAUUGACGAAUAAAAUUGAAAAUGACACUUUCUCACCCACUGAUAUAAUAACAGAAAAAAACUUCAAUAGUGAUUUUGAUGAAAAUAAUUCUUUUACUAUCAACGUAACAAGUUCACUUCGAACGAACACCACUCACACGACCACAACUUCCAUGUCGUCGACAGUUCAUCCUAAAACAGUGCCACCUGAACUGAUAGGCGCUACCAAUAUUUCUAAAGUGAAGAAAGAGGAACAGGAUUACGACUACACCGAGCCCACGUUACCUCCGUCGCUGCCGAAUUUGAAAAUUAUUCCCUUCGUAGCAGCUGAUGCAGUUGUUGAUGAUGAAGUAUCAUCGAAAGAAAGUCUAGAUUAUCCUGAGUUGGAAGCUAACGAUAAAUUCCCUGUUUAUUAUCCAAAUAAGGAGACAUCUCAAGCAGCUUAUGCGAUGCGGAAAGAAGACGUAUAUAAUCCAACGCAAUACCCCGUAUUUGUGUCUAAAAAAGUCGAUACUCAGUACCCUAGCUUAACCCAAGAAGUGAAUUCUGCUAAUGUAAAAUACUCCAGUUUAACUAAUGAAAAACCGGCACAAGUCCAUGAGUAUACCGUCACAGCGUCUUUGGGGAGUUCAUCUAAAAAAAGUCAUGACAUUGAAGAAAAGUCCUCCUUCGUAAAUAAUAAAUUUGACGUAGAAACUCCUGCAGUCAAUUUAUUUUCACCACCAGUGGAAACGGAAGGUGGUUUUGUUCCAAAAGAUCUAGGCAUUGAUGAGUAUUAUUCUGUAUAUCAAAGCACACCAUCAGCGCCUAUAAUGCACCAUUUAACAACAUCAAUGCAGUUGGAACCAAAAGAUGAAUGUGUAUCCAGUGAUGGAAGACACCUCUCCGAAGGUGAAUCAAUAUCUCUAGCAUGCUCGAUAUGUACAUGUGCUUGGGGUGAACUGCAUUGCUCUCCACGAGUGUGCAGCACACCUCCAGGUUGCUCGAGGCGUGCUGCAACAUCAAGUACUUCUGAUUUAUGUUGCGGAGAACUAGUUUGUGAUAAAUAUAAUGAAACCACAGCAGUUCCACUUUUCUCAACCCAAAAAUUUGAUCUUACAUCGAGUGAGAUAAAAGUUCCACUAAAAAAUCAAAACGAUAUAUCUACUCAACAGCAGAGUCCAACUACUUCGAGUACAAUUUUCAUGUCCAGAUACAACAAUUCAGAUCGUGAAAAUGUAUUGAAUGAUUUAGCAAAGAAGGAGUUCGUUACAUCUAUAGAAUCCAAUAACUCUACAAAACCACCUGUCACAAGUGGACCAAAUUCAUCUGAGUCAUCCACCGAAAAUUUAGAUAAAGAACUCACACAAAACAGCAGUCAGUCUAUAGAUUACGACUAUGAAGACGACGAGGGAGGGCUUUCGUUGGGUAAUGUUUUACAAAUGUUACUUAGUGAAACUUUUGAGUCUACCACAACAAAUUCGCCCACUACUACCACACGAAAAACAACUACUGUGACGCAAUCGCCAACAUAUUAUACCAAUAGGCCGACUUCAACAAAUAAAGAGAAAAUAACGACCAAUGACGAAAACAUCGAUGAAGAUUUCGUACCUGUCACUCAUCGUUUUCCUAUAAUACCUCCAAAGAAAAUAUAUCCUCAAAGUGCAGUCAAUAGAAUUGAUCAUUUAAUACUUGGAGAAUCCAAUUCUAUUAGAAAAACUACCCAAAGACCAAUAUCUGUGUUUAAGCCCGUCCCGUACCCUACGACUCGGAGGCCGAUUACUUCUCCAAAAACAACGCAGAGACCGCUUACUACGAAAUUACUAGAAAUAACAAGUAAGGAAGGCUUUGCUGGACAGUCUGUAGAAAUUCGACCGCCUAAUCAAAUGACUUUGCCAGGGCUGAACUUAGGCCUGCCAAAACUUGCUGGGUGCAAUAUAUAUGGGCGCAUGUAUCGUGUCGGCCGGAUAAUAGCAGAACUGUCGUCCCCCUGUCAAGAGUGCAAAUGUACAGAACUCGGUGUCCAGUGUCGCUCUCUAAGCUGUUGAGAGCACAUCUGAAAAUGCUUGGAUGCGAAUAUAAUGCAGACUGAAGAACAAAACGAUUUAAUUGACACACCACUGGGAGUGAACGAGAAAACGAACCGUGAAAAGUUUUCAAGUGAAUAAUUGUACAGAGAAUGAUUGUGUGUGAUUUAUAGAUUAAGUAUAAUGUAAGGUUAUUAUAACUAG